UACCAGUGGGAGAACUGCCACUGCGCUCUACACAGCCUGCCUCAGAGAAGCCUGCCUCCUGCAACAGGAUCUCUUCAGUAACAUUUCUGGUGCAACUCUACCUCCUCUUGGAUCUCCACCAUGAAGACAUUGGCUCUGGGAUUUUGCAUACUGGUUCUGCUGGCAUUAGGAAAGGCAACAACCACAGCUCCACCUCCCACUGUAAAUGAAGCAACUACAACUAUGAACAUGUCUCUAACCAUCCCCUCAACAACUAAGACAAUGAAGCUCACCACAUUAGUUUCUACUAAGACCUCUGGGACAACGAUUACAACCUCAUCCUCAACCAACGCGUCUAUUACUGUUGCCCCAGCCACCACUGCAAGUAAAACGACCACCCCUACACCCACGACUAUAACCACCUCCCCAACUAUGUCAACAACUAACACCUCAAACACCACCGCAAGUGAAAUGACCACCCCUACGCCCACGACUACAACCACCUCCCCAACUAUGUCAACAACUAACACCUCAAACACCACCGCAAGUAAAACGACCACCCCUACGACUACAACCACCUCCCCAACUAUGUCAACAACUAACACCUCAAACACCACCGCAAGUGAAAUGACCACCCCUACGCCCACGACUACAACCACCUCCCCAACUAUGUCAACAACUAACACCUCAAACACCACCGCAAGUGAAAUGACCACCCCUACGCCCAUGACUACAACCAUUUCCCCAAAGACCACCACAACCGGCGCCACAACAAUUACUACAAGUAAUGGUUCGAUCACCGAGAACACAAGCUCCUCUCCAACCACCUCAACAACGACAAUGAAAACGUCAACCACCGAAACCACCACCACACACAAUGGAGGCUCAGAAGUCAAAUCUUCUCUGCUGUUUUCGGUUGCGUCGUUGUUGCUCUACACGCGCUGCCCCUGAGCUGCAAAACAUGCCUAAAUGGACAAAAAAAUCCUAAAUAUGUCAAUAUUUUUGCGUUUUAAUGAAGUUUGAGUUAGACUGAAUACAUCCAAAGAAAGGACUCAACGAUUGAUUAAACCUAUGUACAAUGCGGCAUGUAUAUCAUUUGCUCCUAAAUUACUGUUACUGUGUAUAUUAAUGAACUUAAGGUAUUUGUUAAAUUUGCAGUUUAACAGGAACAUGUGAUGUGAUGAUCUGAACUCUAUGGGAUAUCAGGAAUAACUCGAUUGAGAACUACUGAUAUACUGAUGUAGCUCAUCCAGAGCUAUACCUAUCCAGUCUAAAGGCUGCAAGUGCUUUAUGUUGGACCGAGUUAGUUAAGACAAAUUUGUGAUUGUUAUACUGUCUGUAUGUGAAAAAUAUAUUAUGAUAUUAACAUUAAAUCUUACAUUAUGACACAAAUCAAAAAGACAAACAAUAUUGUAAAAAUGGGUGAUAUUGUUCUUUGUUUAAAAGUACCAUUUGAAAAAAGUACUGUAUGUAGGUACAUCAUCAUGAUAAGGAGGAAGUGUUGUGUAUAAAGUAAUAAAAACAAAU